AUGAACGAACCGCAAACGGUGGAUCCGAUGACGGUGACGAUGGAAGUGGAUCAGCAGGAACAGCGGAGCCUCCAGCCGACGUACAACAGCGGCGAGGAUAGCGAGGCCACACAGGAACAAGGCACCGACGAAGCCCGCAACUCUCGUCCGUUCACUAAACGACAACUGACGUCAAUGGAACGCAAAAAAAGCGAACGAGCACGCAAAGCGCGUCAGGUGCGUCGACUCCGCAAGUGGCUGAUGCCGAAGAAUGCAAUCGUGGCGCUGCACGAAAUGCAGGGUCCGGAUAUGGCCGAGUUCACCGUCAACACGAACGGCCAACAGACGAAGGCAGAGAUCAUCAUCAACAACGUGAAGUACGAGGCAAUCGCACCGAACAAGAACCUCGCGAAGGCCAAAGCCUCCGAGAAGGCAUUGCGCGAUCUGAUCCUGACGCAGAUGAUGCAUCUGAAGCAACAGCGCGCUACAGAUCCGCCCGCUGCAGAGCCGUCCGCUGGAGAGCCGUCCGCUGCCGGGCCGUCCGCCGCCAACCCGGACGCUAUGGAUGGCGUCGAGGAUAACGCGGAGACAACCGAACCGAUCAUCAGAACGGAGGAUCUCCCGAUGGAGCAUCUGGCCUCGUUCGCGCUGCACAAGCUGUUCACGCAGUGGGAGGCUGAAGGGUUUGAGAUGCCGUUUAUGAAGACCACGCGCCCGAAGGUCGCCCCGGUGGUGAUGCUGGUUGAGAACGCGCCCGGUCCAUCGUUCUUGCCGAAGGUGCCGAAAACGGUUGCGGAUCUGCCACCGAACGCUAACAUGCGCAAUCCGACCGCACUGUUCGCAUACAUGCGUCCGCAAAUUGCAUAUGAAGAUCUCGGUUCGAACAACGAUCAGCUGAACCGAGAAUUCCGGGCCGCCAUACGGUCGGACAAUCACCAUUUCAUCGGCACGGGCCGUUCGAAGAAACUGGCCCGCAAGGCAGCCGCUAUCGAGGCCUGCAAGGUGCUGUUUGGCCUGGAGUUUGACGAGAGCGUGCUGAACGGUUAG